AUGUCUUUCAUGGGAGGAGCCGAGUGCUCGACAGCGGCCAACCCGUUGAGCCAGUUCCAGAAGCACGUGCAAGAUGACAAAACACUACAGCGAGACCGGCUCGUCGGGCGAGGGCCCUCACAGAUGAAUGGGUUCCGGAGCCAGAGUGCGAAUGCGCCGCAGGACGAGAUGGUGAAUGGGUUCCUGAACCAAGGGCCCAGUCUCCAACAAGAACCCGCCAUGCCAGGCGGCCCAGCACAGCUAAAUCCCAUGCAGAUGCGAGCCAGCUCCGCCUCGCCCUCCUGGGCCCAAGACUUCAGCACCCAGCCAGGCGUGGAGUCAGCCUUCCAGCCGCCCCCCAGCGCCCACUUCAGUCCCGAAGAGUUCGCCCGCUUCCAGUCGUCGUCGCGAUCGAGUCCGCUACAACAGAACAUGUCGAGCCAGAUGCCCCAGCAGCGCGGGCCGAUGAUGGGGGCCCAGGGCAUGAUGGGCAAUAUGGGCAUGGGCGGGUACGGCAGGUUCCAGCCCAUGUACCAGAACCAACAGCAGCAGCCCAUGCGCCAGCAGCAGCACGAGCCCGAGGGCAAGGGUAAGGGGAAGCUUGUCGAGUUGGACGAGCACAAGUGGGAGGAGCAGUUUGCGCAGAUGGAGCUCCAAGACAAGGAGGCGGCCACGGCCCAGGACGAGGCGUUGGUGGGGGAGCGUGAGCUCGACGAGAUUGACAAGGCGAUGCAAUCGGAAACAAACGAGUUUGGUGACUUCCAAUCCAUCUGGCGAGGAAUACAAGCUGAGCAGGCGGCAUCCAGGUCCAUGGUCAACGAAGAGCAGUUCUUUGACCAGUUCGAUACCGAGUGGACGAACGACAUGAUGCCCGAUCUCAACGGCAUCGGCGACUGGGGGCGAUUCGGCGACCCAACCGUCGACAACUACAUGUUUGAGGAGGACAACAUCUUCGGCAACGAGAAGAACGCCUUCAACGAGGGCGUGCGGAUCAUGAAGGAGGGCGGGAACCUGUCGCUCGCGGCACUCGCCUUUGAAGCGGCCGUCCAGCAGAACCCGGAGCACGUCGAGGCCUGGGUGUACCUGGGCGCGGCCCAGGCGCAGAACGAGAAGGAGACGGCCGCCAUCCGGGCGCUGGAGCAGGCCCUCAAGCUCGACCCGAGCAACCUCGCCGCGCUCAUGGGCCUCGCUGUCUCUUACACCAACGAGGGCUACGACAGCACGGCCUACCGGACGCUGGAGCGCUGGCUGUCGGCCAAGUACCCCCAGAUCCUAGACCGCAAGGAUCUGCACCCCCCCGCCGAGAUGGGCUUCACUGACCGGCAGCAACUCCACGAGAAGGUGACCAACCUCUUCAUCAAGGCAGCUCAGCUCAGCCCAGACGGCGAGCACAUGGACCCGGACGUGCAGGUCGGGCUCGGCGUCCUCUUCUACGGCGCCGAGGAGUACGACAAGGCCGUCGACUGCUUCCAGUCCGCCCUCCACUCGUCCGAGCUGGGGUCGACCAACCAGCAGGAGCAGGUGCACCUCCUGUGGAACCGCCUCGGCGCGACGCUCGCCAACAGCGGCCGCUCCGAGGAGGCCAUCGCCGCCUACGAGCAGGCGCUGUCCCUCUCGCCCAACUUUGUCCGCGCGCGGUACAACCUCGGCGUCAGCUGCAUCAACAUCAACUGCCACCAGGAGGCCGCCUGCCACUUUCUCGCCGCGCUCGACAUGCACAAGUCCAUUGAGAAGGCCGGGCGGCAGCAGGCCAGGGAGAUCUUGGGUGAUGGUAGCGGCGGCAGCAACGGCAACGUUGACGAGGCGCUGGACCGCAUGUCCGCCCAGAACAGGAGCAGUACCCUAUACGACACCCUCCGGCGGGUCUUUACGCAGAUGGGCCGUCGGGACCUGGCGGAGAAGACGGUCGCCGGCGUCGAUCCGGACGUGUUCAGACCCGAGUUUGACUUUUAG